AAAAAAACAAUACCCAGUUUGGACUGACCCUAUAACACCCACUAUAACCAACCACGGAGCCAAGAUGAGAGUCGAGGUGCCCAUAUUCCUCUUUCUGGCCGCAACAGGAUUCCAUACUGCUCUCGCUGCAUCCCUGGAAUCGGCAGAAAAAAAGGACACAUUUGCCGAGGAUGUGGGGCUGGAGCAGCUAAGUGACCUGCAAAAGAGAGAUCAGGAGGAGUUCGAAGCAGCGCAAAUGAAUGAGGAUGCACAUAGUGAAGAUGUACGCUACUUGGAAGCUGUCCAAGAUGAAAAUACUGAACAGAAUGCCACUCAGGAGGAGGACAUGGCAGACAGAGACAGAAACGUUGAUGCUGACCAUGAGGAGUCCGAGUCUGAUGAGGAUGUAGAUGGUAUGAGGCACAAGCGAGAAUACCUUGAAGCCGACGUUGAAGCCAAUAAAACUGGCAAUUUAGACUUUCUAGGACAGAAACCCAGGGCACUCUAAGACGCCUAUCCCCAGACGCUCAUCUGUGCUUGAUUAAUUCUGCAUCAUCUGCUGUGUCCCGGGUUAUUUAUGGACCCGAGAUGCACCGUUCCUUUCCUAGCCUGUAUGAGUCAACGGAGGCACAUUCUGGACAACAUAUAGGGUCAAGGUCAUUGUAUACAUGUUCAGUCCAUCAUCUUAGGGUUUUGAUCCCUGAAAAUAAAUAUCUAUUGUAAUCAUUUACAA